AUGGCAAAGCACAUACUACAGGGUGGCAAUCUUUGGAUUGAUGGUGGACAAUAUUUGUUUCCAUUGCCUGAUGGCGGCGAUGGAGACAAAUCUUCCCAGCUCUUGGCCGGUGGUACAUUUCGUAUGGACCGUAAGAUUGGUGGGUUUCGGCCUCAUAUGGAGGUUCCUAUCGGCAUGCUCAAGUCGGACCUGGGAAUCCCUUCUUGGCCUGUAGAAACGAGGGUUGGGCAAUCCAACCCGUCCCCGACCUGUAAACGUCUGGGACACGCGCGGGAGGGACAUUUCAGCUCCCUCUUCCUCCCUCCCCCGAUCCCGCCGCCGCCGCCGCCCUCCAGCCCCGCUGCGGCCCGCCUCCGCCGCGCCCGGCCUCCUCCGCCCCGCCUCCGCCGCGGCCCGCCUCCGCCCCGCCUCCGCCCCCGCCCCGGCCUCCUCCCGCCCGGCCUCGCCUCCGCCGCGCCCCCGCGCACCCGGCCGCCCGUCGCCCCGCCCCCGCCCCCGCGCACCGGCCGCCGCCGCCAUGGACGCCUCCCCCGCCCCGCCCGUGCCGCCCGUGGCCGCGCCGCCCGCCCCGCCGCCCGCCCCUGCCGCGCCGCCCGCCCGGCGCCCGUCGCUCCCGCCCCCACCCCCGCACCGGCCGCCCACCCGCACGUCGCCGCCGUGGUCGCUGCGACCCACGUCGGCGCGGGCGGCGGCGUGCGGGGCAUCACCUCGUGCCGGCCGUCGGCCCCGCACCGGCCGUCGCUCCCGCCCCCGCCCCCGCACCGGCCGCACCACCCGCACCUCCCGGGCACGGGCGAAGGUGUCCUCCGGUGGUCCUCGUGCUGCCAAGGCCAAGGCGGCCUCCUCCCCGGCGCCGAGGAAGGCCGUGGCCAAGAGGAGGGCCCCGGCGAGCUGCCGGUGGCCGCCGCCGUGCCGCCCGCCCCGGCCGCCCCGGAGGUGCCGCCCGCCACGGCCGCCGUCGUGCCGCCCGCCCCGGCCGCCGUGCCGCCCGCCCCGGCCGCCGUGUCCUUCAUGGACAUGCUCAAUGAGGUGGAGGUGGACAUCAACGCUCCACCGCUUGAUCCCUAUAGGGAUGAUGAUUUGGAGGGAGGAGAGGAUGCGGAGGGAGGAGAUGAGGAGGAGGAGGAUGAUGAUGAUGAAGACAUCACAGAGAUACAAGAGGAGGCGUUCACCCGCGUCCGCUCGUCGAACUACACCGACGCGGAAGAUAUACUCUUGGUUCGAGCUUGGGCGUCGGUGGGGUUGGAUGCGGGCACCGGUACCGACCAAACCGGUAAACGGUAUUGGCAGCGCAUCGAGGACGCCUACCUUAAGAUGAAGCCGAAGAGGAGUGGGUUCGCCUCUCGCUCAUUCUGGUCGCUUCAAGGCCGGUGGGACUUGAUGAAGCCGGCAUGUGCGCGUUGGAGUGCCGCCAUGGACCAAGUGAUGGAUGCGCCGCCGAGUGGCACCGUGGAGAGUGACUAUGAGAAGAUUGCCGGCUUGAGGUACAAGGAGAUGGCCGGCUCCAAGGGCAAAGAAUUCCCAUUCAAGCAUGUUUGGUCAAUUCUUCAAACAUAUGACAAGUGGAAGUUGAGAGAUGAUGAAACCGCACCGAAGAAGUCCGCAAUGCUUGACAUGGAUGAUCCGGAAGUUGAGGAGAGGAACUUGAACAAGCCCGAGGGAACCAAGAAGGCCAAGCUUAGGGUGAAGAUGGAAGGAGAGGCGGCUAGCCUAAGGGAGAAGAUGGAUCAUAUGAUGAAGGCAAGAGAGGCUUUGGCAACCAAGACGUUGGAGACAAAGCUUCUCAUCACCGAGCAAAAGAAGGUGGUCAAGCUUGCACACAUUGAAGCAAAGCGUGAGGAGGCAGCCCGCAAGGCCGACUUGGAGGAGAGGAUGCUCAAGGUGAAAGAAGCAAAGGUAUGGAAAGAACUCAUGGUGGAAGAGAAGGAGCACAUGAUGAUGUGCAAGAAAGACAUGGAUGAAGAGCAAUUGCAAUGGUGGAAGGAGUACAAGGAGGACAUCGCCGAGAGGAAGAGGAUGUUCCGAGGGUCCUCCUCUACCUUUGUAGUUGACACUACCAUGAGCGAUGGCGGUGUCGACAACUCGCAUGAUGGUGGGGUUUGAUGGUGGUGGAGUGGCCUAGCAUAUGGCACCGACGUGUAAUUUUUUGGUGAUGGUGCCAAUGAGAUGGGCAAGAUGAUGAUUAUGUGAUGUAAAAACUACUAAACCAUGCAUCCAUGAUUAUUACUUUUGUAGUAUGUUUGAUGAUUCAUUGUGUUUUUGUGUCAUAUUGUGAUGAAUAUGUGACAGGUUUAGAGGUUGGGGUUGAGGCAAAGAAUAGAACCCCUAAACCCUCAAACCCCUAAAACGGAAUAUUCUGUUACACGGGUUGGGUUUAGGGGUUCUAUUCUUUGCCCCUGUUUUUCAACCUGUAAAUGUGUCCA